GAAGAAGAAGCAGCAACACCCACUAAACUCUGCGUCUGGAGCGGGGCAGUCUCUCGCUGAUCGUCUCCAGUUGAUGCUGCUUAUUUAUCAGAGCACUGAUCUGACAUGACAUUUUAAACCCCGGACAUAAACAAACAAACACCGAAACUGCAAGUAGCCACACACCCUUCACCGCUCUGCCUUUCGUCAGAAACAGACAGACAGACAGCAGGUUGGAUGAGUGGGCCAAGUUUUAGCCCGCCUGCAGAGGUGGCAGAGAUAAACCGCAUCCAUUAUGAGCUGGAGUACACAGAGGGCAUCAGCCAGCGCAUGCGAAUACCGGAGACCCUCAAGGUGGCCCUGGAGAGUGGGGCGGGGUCCGUUCAGCUUCAGCCAUCUCUGCCAUUUCAUACAACCCUGAUGCAGGUUCCUGAAAGAAUCGUUGUUGCAGGUGAUGACGGAGAGUCCCGAUUUGUUCAACCAAGAGACUUGGAUCUAAUUCAGUCAGUUCCAUCUGUGGACCUGCUGGGCAUGAAGGCCCCCCCACGUGUCCUCACCCUUACAGAACAGCCUCUGGACUCUCUUGAAACAGAGCAAACUGCCAACUCACAGAGUAAUCCCACCCAAGCUGCCAGUUAUAACACCCGAUCUCGGAGGGAACGCAGUGCAAGUGAGAACAUAUCUGGUCGUCACAGUAGUCACAUCAGCAGGGGGGAUACAAGUGUAAUCCCCUCCCCUUCCGCCCCCCCAGUCCGCUUGUGUCCCCCCCUCUGUUCUCCAGAAGACGCAAACAUCAACCUGUUUACAGCUGCGGGCUUUCUGUCUUACGUUCAGUCAACGACACGCCGCGCAUACCAGCAGGUCCUCGAACUCUUGGACGACAGCCACCGGAGAACCCAUUUGGACAUGGCUCUGGAUAUAAACCCUGAUGAAUCUGGCUUAGUUGAUGCGUCAUCGUUGCGACGUCAGAUUGUGAAGCUCAACAGGCGCCUGCAGCUGCUGGAGGAAGAAAACAAAGAGCGCUCCAAACGGGAGGUCAUCCUGUAUUCUGCUACGGUGGCUUUCUGGCUCAUUAACACAUGGAUCUGGUUACGUCGCUAAACUGGGAUCUAGCCUGAGUCCCUAAAACACUGGAAACCAAAGUAAAUCCUUGCUCAGUCUGCAUGGGUCUCUUCUGACAUUCCACAAUAAUUGAAGAAAACUUCUGAGUUGUUCUGGGAUUAUGGUUUUGAGUUUAACUCUGACAAGGAGCACCAUGGUGUGUAGUCUACAGUGCACCCAGAAAGAGUUCACAGCACUUAACAUCUGAUAUUACAGCCAUAGAGGGAAAUCAUUGGGAGGGACUGGGGGGGUCAGGAAGCCCCUCCCCUCCCCAAUCUAUCUAGAUGUGAGAGGCAGGUUGUACCCCGAACAGCCAGUUUUGAGAUCAUACAAUUAAAAAAAACUAAGGAAUCACAUGUAUAUAAGUAUUCACAGCCUUUGCUUAAUACUUUGUUGACGCACCUUUGGCAGAAACUCGAGCCUCAUGUCUUGAGGCUAGAGUUGAAUAUGAUGCCACCAGCUUGGCACACUUGUCUUUGAGCCAUUUCUCUUCAGCAGGAACAUCAGAGCACAGCCUUUUUCAGGUCUCUCUCAAAUGGUUCAGUUGGAUUCAUGCCAGGGCUCUGGCUGUACCAUACCAAUGACAUUUACAGAGUUGUCCUAAAGAGUCACAUCUUUUAUACACAAGGACGUUCUCCCCUGAUGGCUCUGUGUAGAUAGCUGGCCAGCCUUUGAAGGGUCCAGGUGGUUCCAGAUUAUUUUUGCCUUUAAGGAGAAAGUGGUCCACUGUGCUCACUGGGACCUUCAGAGCAGCAGAAAUGUUUCCCAGAUUUUCCUUCCCUAGAUUUGUGUCUUGAGACAAUCCUGUCUCUGAGGUCUACAUACAUUUCCUUAUGUCUUCAUGAUUGGUUUGUUUUCUGAAAUGAGCCGUCAACUGUGGCACCUCAUAUAGACAAGUGUGUCUAUAUAUAUCAUGUCAAAUCAAACGGUUGUCAGUACAUUUGAUUUGUUAGCUUUUAAAUUUUAUAGAUUUCCAACAUUCUCGGGGGGGGAAAAAAAACUUUUUUCAUAUCAUUAUUAUGGAGUGUUGUGUGUUGAGUUUUGAGGAAAAAAGAGAAUUGAAUCCAUUUAGGAAUAAGGCUGUAACAACAAAAUUUGAAAAAUAAAGUGUUGUGAAUACUU